AUGUACAUCAGAAGGGUUGUCAUCAAAGGUUUUAAAACUUAUAGAAAUGAGACGAUCAUUGAUAACUUUUCUCCUCAUCACAAUAUAGUAAUAGGAUCAAAUGGUUCAGGUAAGUCGAAUUUCUUCGCAGCUAUAAGAUUCGUUCUAAGUAAUGACUAUGCCAACUUGAAAAGAGAGGAAAGACAAGGUUUAAUCCACCAAGGAUCAGGAUCUGUUAUGAGUGCAUCUGUGGAAAUAGUAUUCCAUGAUCCAAGCCAUCGAAUAAUUCUACCGUCUGGUAUUCCUCCAAGAGAAAAUGAUGAAGUUUUCGUAAGAAGAACAGUUGGAUUGAAGAAGGAUGAUUAUCAGUUAAACGAUAGAAAUGUAACGAAAAGUGAUGUUGUUAGAAUGCUAGAAAGCGCAGGAUUUUCAAUGAGUAACCCAUAUAACAUUGUUCCUCAGGGCCGUAUAGUAGCAUUAACAAACGCAAAGGAUAGGGAAAGGUUACAUCUUUUAGAAGAAGUGGUAGGCGCUAAGUCAUUUGAAGUUAAAUUGAGAGCAUCUUUGAAGAAGAUGGACGAAACUGAGAAGAAAAGAGCCCAAAUUGCCCAAGAGAUGGAAGAAUUGGUGGGUAAAUUAAAGGAAAUGGAAGAAGAACAGAAGGAAUUAGAGAGGUAUAAUAGCUUAGAACGAAAUCGUAAAGUUUUCCAGUUUACCUUGUACGAUAGAGAAUUGAAUGAUGUGAUAAAUCAGAUUGAAAGGCUAGAUGGCGACUACAAUGCCACGGUACAUUCAUCUGGGGACUACAUUAAGGAAUUAGAUCAAAGAGAGGAAAUGAUAUCUCAGGUCUCCAAAGAGUUACAACAAUUGGAAUCAUCACUGAAAAUAAAGGAAUCAACGGAAUUACAACAAUCGAAGGACAAAAAUUCAGAAUUAUCGACAGAAUUAGCUAAUUUAAAUGUCAAAAUUACAGAUUUGGAAUCACAGAUUCAAUUACACGAUGAACAAGUUAAAAUAGAUGAAACGAAUUUACAAAUAAUCAACGAAGCUGUUCAGCAAAAUCAAAGACAACUGGAAAAGGUAGAGCCUAGAUUUCAAGAAUUGAAUAAGGAAGAAACCGGAUUAAAAUUGAAAUUGGCAGAAUUACGAGAAAGAGAAAGAGAUUUGCUUUUGAAAAAAGGUAAAUACGCUGAUUUUAGGACUAAGGAAGAACGUGAUUCUUGGGUAGAACAAGAGAUUAAAGAUCUCAGGAACAAAUUGGACAACCUCAAAGAAGUGAAACAAAAUGUAGAAUUAGAACGCAGCGAGAUCAGAAACAAAUUAGCAGCCAUAGAUGAACAGAUCGACGAGUUGACAGAUUCUAUACAGGGCCCAGGGGCAUUAGCUGAAUUGAACGAUUUAGAUACUGAACUUAAUAAUACAAAGCAUCUUUAUGGUCAAAAGAUUGAUGAACGGAAAGAGCUUUGGAGAACGGAACAGAGGUUACAAUCGCUUUUGGAAGCCACAACAAACGAUGUUAAAAGAUCAGAAGGUGAAGUCACUGAAACUAUGAGCAGGGAUCUGGCAAAUGGUAUUAAGAGCGUUAAAGAAAUUGCAGAAAAGUUAAAACUACCAGAUGGAUGUGUAUUUGGCACUUUGGGAGAACUUAUUAAAGUGAAUGAUAAGUAUAAAAAAUGUGCCGAAGUCGUGGGCGGCAAUUCCCUUUUUCACAUUGUGGUGGAUACAGACGAAACUGCAUCUCUAAUAAUACAGGAAUUAUACAGAAUGAAAGGUGGCAGGGUCACUUUUCUACCAUUGAACAGAGUUUACAGCGACCCAAACAUUACCUAUCCACCAAAUGAGCAAGCCUCGUGUACACCUCUGAUAAAGAAAAUCAGGUAUGAUGCAAGGUUUGAAAAAGCUGUCAAACAAGUGUUUGGGAAAACUAUUGUAGUAAGAGAUCUUUCUACGGGAGCGAGGCUCGCUAAAAGAUUCAGGCUCAAUGCAAUUACUCUAGAUGGAGAUAGAGCUGAUAAGAAAGGUGCUCUAACGGGUGGUUACCAUGAUCAACAUAAAAAGACCAGAUUAGAUCUUCUGAAAAAACUCAAAGAUUCCAGAUCUCAAUACAAGUCGCUAGUCUCUGAACUGGAACUUAUGAGGCAGAAGAUACAGGAUAUCGAUGCAAGCAUCGAUACCGUAAAUGGUACAACUAGAUCACUAUCAAAUAAGAGGGAAACGAUUUUAACGAAUAUGGAUAGCUGGAGGGCUAAACUAAAUAAUAAAAAGACAGAGAAAAUCUUCUUAGAGGAAUCCAUGCAGGCAUUGAUUGUAAAGGCUGAAAAGACGGAAACUAAUAUUAGGGUUAGUGAGGAAAAAAUAUCCACAUAUCUCGAGGAACUAUCCCAAGAUUUUGAUAACGAACUGUCUAGGGCUAAACAAGCAGAGUUGGAAAACUUGAAAUCAUCUAUUUUGGAUAUUCAGAAUAAAUUAUACAUGACUUCCGAAGCUCUUGAAGGUUUAACCAACAACAUAGACUCUCUUAAUGCCACAUUGAACUCAAAGUUGAUUCCACAGCAGAAGGAAUUGAAAGCAAAACUUGCCGAAACAGGGGACUCCUUUAUUGCAGGAUUGAAAAGUGAAGUUCAGUCUAUGUUAAUCGUGAAAACGACUUUGGACAACCAGCUUGAGAUUUCAAAUGAAGAAUUGAGUGGCAUACAAGAGGAGAUAAAGAAUAUGUCUGAAAGGAAAAAGAACAGUGAAAAAUCCCUAGAGAAAGCUAACAGCCAACAAGCUUCUCUUUUGAAGAAACUGGAAACUUUUCAGAAGGAUGCAGAGAAAUCCAUGGUCAAGAAGACUACACUUGCCGCCAGACGUGAAGAAUUGCAACAAAAAAUCCGCGAGGUGGGCCUUCUCGCUGAAGAAGCAUUGAACAGCUUCAACAAUUUAUCAAGUGGGGAAUUGCUUCAAAGACUAAAUUCUGUAAAUGAGGAUAUUUCAGGCUUGAGUAAUGUGAAUAAAAGAGCAUUUGAAAACUUUAAGAAAUUUGGAGAAAAGAGAACGGAAUUGGAGGAAAGGGCAGAAGAACUUGAUGAAUCCAAAUCUUCUAUUCAGAAUUUAAUAACAAGGCUUAAAAGACAAAAAGUCAAUGCGGUAGAUUCAACGUUUAACAAGGUUUCGGAAAACUUCUCUAAGGUAUUUGAGAAAUUAGUACCUCGAGGCACCGCCAAGCUUAUCAUCCAUCGAAAUACUGAUAUUCAAGAAGAUCCUAAUGAUGACGAAGAUGUGAAUAUGAGUGACGGUGAUGAAAAUGAUGAGAGCCGUUCAAAGUCAGUUGAAGCGAUGUAUUCUGGUGUUUCAAUAUCAGUUUCUUUCAACUCCAAAAAAAACGAACAACAGCAUGUGGAACAACUAUCCGGUGGUCAGAAAACGGUUUGUGCCGUGGCGCUCAUCUUGGCUAUUCAAAUGGUAGAGCCUGCACCCUUUUAUCUUUUUGACGAAAUUGACGCAGCUCUAGAUAAACAGUAUAGAACGGCGGUUGCCAGUACCAUUAAAGAACUAUCUGAAAACGCUCAAUUCAUUUGUACCACUUUCAGAUCCGACAUGCUUGAAGUUGCAGAUAAGUUUUAUCGAGUCAAGUACGAAAAUAAAAUAUCCACUGUAAUCGAAGUGGAUAAGAGAGGAGCUAUUCAAUUCAUUCGCGGUAACAACAAAUUUGCGGAGAUGUAA